GAUAAAAACCCUCGCGUUCUCGUUUGCAAAAGAGGAACAAAAUUUAACUCAGUUUCCCAGAACACAGCGCGAAUAUGUAAAUUAUGCAGGUGUUCUGGAGAUGUGCGCGCCAAAUUAGCCGUGCGCACGCGCCAAAAUUGGUAGACCCCCCCCCCUAUUAUUUUUAUUUUUAUUUUUGUACUUCUGCUUGCAGGGACGGGGCAGACCCCUCGCGCAAAUUAGCGAGAGGGCGUGGUGGGGGGGGAGGAGGCUACCAGGUAGCAUAGCGAUACUCCGCUCCUGUUGGAAAACUCUGUUUCCUUGUUUGGAGGGAAGCCGGUUUUGGUCGGAGAUAUGGCGUUGACUCUGCUAAGCGAAGGGUCCGUGGCUGAAGAGGCGGGGAGAUCGGCCGAGGAAGUGGAGGGGAGAGUAGCGGCAGCAGCCACCACGCUGGAAACGCCUGGUUGCUCCGGGGAGGGUGCUCGUUACGAACAGGGAAGCCGCUCUGAAUCCAGCUGUGGAGGUAACGAAGAGAUGGAGGAUGAGGAAGAGGUGAUGGAGGAAGAGACUGCAGGAGGGGGAGCCGCAGCUCUCUUCGGAGGAUUUGGCACGGAGGAGCGCGAAAUGGAUUGCGACGAGGAGGACGAGCGCAUGAUUAAUCUUUCUGAACUGGUACCAUAUAUCAUGUGUUCCAUCUGCAAGGGGUAUUUCAUAGAUGCCACAACCAUCACAGAAUGUCUUCACACAUUUUGUAAAAGCUGCAUAGUAAGACAUUUUUACUACAGUAACAGAUGUCCAAAGUGCAACAUUGUAGUACAUCAGACACAGCCGCUUUAUAAUAUCAGACUGGAUCGACAAUUGCAAGACAUAGUGUAUAAAUUAGUUGUCAACUUGGAAGAAAGAGAAAAAAAGAGAAUGCAUGAUUUCUACAGGGAAAGAGGUUUAGAAAUACCCAAACUUGCUGUACCCCAGCCAAUGGCAGCGAGCAGGGGGAGACCCCGCAAGGUUGUAGGAUCUGUAUUCCGUAUUCCUCCAGAACUUGACAUGUCACUUCUUCUGGAAUUUAUUGGAGCAAAUGAUCUCUCUGGGAAUUUUAAGCCACUGGAAAAGAAGUUUGUACGUGUUUCUGGAGAGGCAACAAUUGGACAUGUGGAAAAAUUCCUGAGAAGAAAGAUGGAUCUUGAUCCUGGCUGUCAGGUUGACAUAAUAUGUGGUGAUCACUUGCUGGAACAGUAUCAGACUCUAAGGGAAAUCCAAAAUGCUCUAGGGAAGAGUGCAGUGCAGGAUGGGUUACUUAUACUUCACUAUGGACUGAUUCUUAGUGGAGAUUCCACAUUUUCAAAAAUCUCUUAAAUUUUCAGAAGAUGUUUGAAAGAAUAAAACCUCAUUGGAGAACUGCAGCAAAAAGAAAAGCAUUUUAUUUAAAUGAAUUUAAAGAAAUGCACCGUGUUUGCUCUGCAUAAUAAUCAAGGAAGUGAUUUAAAGCAGUGAGAAAAACAAACAACAGUACCAGUAAGUAAGCUAAAAUACUUCAGUGGUCUUGUAUCAUCAGCGCCUAGCUCAGGGAAGAAGCAUUAUCAGCGUAACAGAAUUCAUUCUAAAUAUGUAGGUUUUGCAGCAUUCAUGACUAAUCCAUGGGCAGUGUUGUAUUUGAGACAACAAUUUAUCCAAAAGUCUUUAAGUAUAUUUGCAGUACUGUUCUCAGGGAUGAUCUCUUGGACCACAAUGUCUUAUUGGGAAAAACAUGCAUUAUUCAUAGGGGCAUUUGAAUUUUAUUUUAGUCAGUUUAGAAAUAAAAUGACUUUUAGAUUUUUUCCUAUAGAUAAAAUGGAGCUAAUCACCUUUUAUAAAUUGCAAGCAUUUCUAUCUCAUGCCUUAUAUGAAAAAUAUUGAAAUACAUACUACCAAAUACUACAACAGAAAAGAAAUAAAGCUAUGUUGCCUUUAGAUCAUCACUGGUUGAAUAGCAAUGUAAAUGUAAAAGUAGAUGAGACAAUGAAUUGGGCUGCAUUGGAACAGGUAUUCCACUGUUUAUACCUACAAGUUCAGUGGGAAAAUAACUGGACCAUAUGCUUUCCAAAUGUUUAAAACAGUAAACUUGUGCACUUAAAUAAUAAAUGUGCACUUAAAUAAUAAAUUAGGAGCUGGCUGAAUGGUAGCAAUAAAAUAACAGAGCCAGAAUUGGUUUUAUUAAAAUAUGAAUUUGAUUAGUUUACAGCUAAUAUAUUAAAAUGAUAAAAAAAUGAAAUACAUCAGAUAUAAGAAAAAAAGCCAUAGAAAUACUCAGCAGAAGAAGGGUAUGGAAGGAUUAUUGAAGAGCAGUGAGAAAUUGUUAACAAUUAUUUUGACUGAUUUUUUAAAUUAAAAACUAAUUCCAGUUGUAGCAACAUAAGCUUGCUGGGACAAAUGGGUGAAAUACAAAUAUUAAUUUUUUUGCUUCCUCCAUACAGCAACUCAAAUUCUUAAAGAGUGAAAUAAUAGAGUGUUUGUUACUUUUUUUAAAGUUGAUUGAGUAAAUAAAUUAGUUCAUAUUAUCUCAGUUUGUAAAAAUAUCAAUAUUGCAAAAUUUGUUACAAGCACACUAUUGAAAUUGGAACUAAUGCAGAAAAACAAACAGAAAACUGUCAGAAAAAAUAGCAUAACUUUUGUAGUGAGAAAUCUGCAUUGCCAAAGAAAAAAUUUUCUGGAGUGCCAACUAGGGAUGCUGCGUUACAUAUAUUUGAAUAUCUAAGUAGGCACAGAGUCAGGAAGUGAAUGUAAAUUUUCAAUAUGCUACCAGACUUUAUUUACUUUGUUGCAAAGAUUGUUAUGGACUCACUAGAGGAUUGUCACAAAUGAAGCAUUAAGUUCAUGGAGAGAAGUAUGGAGUGCUUUUUUUCUAAUAAUCAACAUAUUUAUUACUGAUACGUAAUGUACCGACAAAUGUUCAAGCUUUGGUUGAGCAGUAUAGGGGCCAAGUUCUGGUCAUUAUCAAAUUCAGUUUGAGUUUCUGCAUGUAUUAUUUAUAGAGCUGAAAUUUAUACAGAACAUGUUAACCAUAAAAAUCAAGAGCUGAUACAUCAGUUCUGAACAGAAAAACUAAUGCAUUGUAUGGAUAUUUCAUUUAAAGAAAACAAGAGAGGCAUUUCAGAGGGAAGUUGUAUGAAGAAAACAAUUGAAGCACUUUUUUUCUUGUAAAGCUAGAGUUCAUGACCAUGCAGUUAGCUGUAGCUAAUUAAGAGUUAGCUUCAGAAAACAAGAGGCUUGCCUUUAUAGUGCAUAUGGUAAACUUUAAGAAUUCACUGCCUAAGAGGUAUUUACAAUUGGUAUAGAUGGGUUUCUGUUAGCCUUUUCUGUAUCUCCAGAAUCAGAGAGUAUGUGGCUCAGUAUUGCAAGAAAGCAAUCUUUCCAAAAUCUGUAUUUGGGCUUUAUAGAGAGACCUUUAAUCCUUCAGGACUUUUUCUUUCUUUAUACAUGAAGCAUUUUCAGUAAUCAGUUUAAGCCAAAACGUUUUUCACAUUCAACAUUAAUAGAUUAUUGGGAAGGAAUACAUAAGAACAACAGUGAUCAAGUCUGUCUGCUAGUGCAGUUUAGAUUAUCAAGAGAGGAUUUUCAGAAUUUGUAUGUAUAUUGCGUAUAUAUUACAUCACACAGUAUUUUGAAAGGCUGUAUUAUUUCUCUUUUGAAGAGGAGUCUGCAUUCCAAACUGAUAUCUGAAUAAACUAUUCAAAUAUUGGAAAUGCCCUACUUGAUUCAUUAAAAAAUGAAGCUCCACUGUGGAAUAUGAAAAAUAUUUUUCUUGUAUUCCAGUUAAUUCAAUUGCAAAGCAUAUAACUUCUGUAAAGUUCACUAAAUCUGUAAAUCCUAUGUUCAGUGUUAGAGGAGCUUAUUUGUGUUGUUCUGUUUUGUUUCUUUUUUCUUCAUCUAUAUAUUAUUCUACAUGAAAAAAUACCUCCCCAAGGCACCAUUCCAAAUUUUGCCUUAUCAAGUAAAUAUAUAAUAUUUUAUUACAUCUUGGUUACGCAACGUUUGGAAUUUAUCACAAUGUUGAAGCACAUUAUAAUGGUAUAUAUUUUAUGUACUAUUAUCACAAUUGUAACAUGUAGAGGAUCAUGUUGAUAGCAAGUUUUAAGACAUACCACAUUUCAAAUUAAUUUUUCUCUCUAGUUAUUCCAUAAGCUUGAGACAGUCCCAAUAUAUUCUCACAAGAAUUACCUGGAAUCCUCUCAUAUCUCUGCUUUGCAUAUUCUUAAACAUUUUGGGAAGUUUCUUCCAAGAUCAGAAUAAUGAUGGCCAUAGUUCAUUUUGCCCCCACCCCCCACCCCCCAUUCUGUAGCAUUCCUCUUCCAAUUGUAAGGUUAAAUACAUACAUAUAUAAAUAUCUAAAUUCAUCUUACACAGUCAUUACGAAAGCAUUAGUGUGGAAUCUGAAAAUCUCACACAUAGUUAUAAUUGAAAGCAUUUUAUGGUUUCAUUCGUUCACUUUUAGUCAUUGGCCCUUUCCACACAAAUAAACUUAGGUAUUUAUUGGCUGUAAUGUAACUGUAUUAAUUAUUAAUACCAAAGUUUAGAUUCACAAUAGCGCAAAUGACAAACAGGCUGCCUAAAGUGGUACAACAUUUUUUUUUAUUAAUUUGUGCCUUACAGAGAAGAAAAGUGUAUUAGUUCAAGGGACACAAGACAGGACAUGGAUUUGUAUUAUGAAACUUUGUGACAGGAUGAAUCAGUGCAAAGACAUCAAAUAAUACAGUCUUGAAUUUCUGCAGAAAGCAAUUUAGUUGCUGGCAAUCUUUAAGGCAUUCAAAU